UGGACGCCCUCUACUGUUGUUCAACACCUUAAACUACGUGAGGCUCUUGUGUCUUUGCUAUUGGCCAUUUUUCGUGGUUUAGCUUGGUCGGCUGAUUCUCUAUUUAAAGCUUGGUUUACCACAAUGAGAACGUUAGCGAGAGCUCGAAACGAGGCAGAACUGAGCACCUGCGAUCUGUCUGAUGGAGCCUUCUCAUUCAGAUAUGCCACGUCCUGGAGGAGAGAAGUCCUACGCGUGUGGUGUGUGUAGAUACGCAGGCUCCAAGCUACGUUAUCUCAAGCAACAUGUUAUGCGCACUCACACAGCAGAGAAGCCAUAUGCAUGUGAGAGAUGUGAAUAUAAGUGUUCUACGUCUGAUAUGCUUAAGACACACAUGUACACUCACACGGGUGAAAAGCCAUAUGCGUGUGAUAUAUGUGAAUACAGGUGUAGGAGCUCCAGUAAUCUGAAGAAUCACAUGCGCACUCACACGGGAGAGAAGCCGUAUGCAUGCGAUAUAUGUGAAUACAAGUGUACGACCUCCAGUGAUCUCAAGAGACACAGGCGCACUCACACGGGAGAGAAGCCAUUUAUGUGCGAUAGUUGUGAAUACAGGUGCACGUCCUCCAGUUAUCUAAAGAAUCACAUGCGCACUCACACAGGAGAUGUGCCGCUUCCGAAAGAAAAGCCGUGCAUGUGCGAUAUAUGUGGAGCCAGGUUUACGAUCCUAAUUAAUCUCAAGAAACAUAUUAGCACUCACACGGGAGAGAAACCAUUUGCGUGUGACACGUGUGAAUACAGGUUUACGACCCCCGAUACUCUCAAGAAACACAUUCUCACUCACACUGGAGAGAAGCCGUAUGCGUGCGAUAUAUGUGAACACAGGUGUAGGAGCUGCAGUGAUCUCAAGAUACAUAUGCGCACUCACACAGGAGAGAAACCGUUUGCAUGUGAGAGAUGUGAAUAUAGGUGUUCUAGGUCUGGUACGCUUAAGAAACACAUGCGCACUCACACG